AUGGUUGACACCAUCAGACAUCUCCCAUACACCGAGCGUCUGCGCCGACUCGACAUACCGUCGCUGUACUAUCGUUGUCGCCGAGGGGACAUGGUGACAGUGUUUCAGCUGUUCCAUGGUGGCAUGUCAGUGGUUCCUGAAGCGCUUCCGACCAGACACAGCUCCGACCGCACAAGGGUCGGAGGUCAAUGGGUCAAUGGGUCGAUCGCGGAGGUCAAUGGGUCACGGAGCCGGAACCGCCCAUUCCGAGCUGGCCUGCCGCAGGGGUCCGUCCUCGCACCAACCCUGUUCACGCUGUGGUCGGCGGACCUCGUGGCGGCGCUGAAGCGGAUCCCGGGCACCUCUGUCUUCCUGUACGCCGAUGACACCGCAACACUGUGUUCCGGCGGUACGAUAGCGGAAGCCAGGGACCGGGCUCAACAAGCGGCGGAUGCCAUAGCGAAAUGGGCCCGCGACUGGAAGAUGCGGCUGGCAGGAAGCAAAACGCAAGUUUUAGCCCUGUCGCAGCACUACGUCGACGCCCGGGACCUGUACAUCCACGUAGACGGGGCACGAGUGGACGCUGGGAGACACCUUCACCUUCUCGGUGUAACCCUGGACCGGCAACUUCACAUGGGCGAGCACUGCGCGCGCGUCCGGAAGAAGACCAAGCCGAGGAUCGCACAGCUCCGUAAGAUGACCGGGCGUUCCUGGGGUCUGCGGGAGCCACAGCUGCGAGUAGUAGCCAACGGCUACAUCCGCGGUGCCCUGGAAUACGCGGCGGCUGCAUGGCUCCCUGCAGCGUCCGAGUCCCACGUAGAGCUACUGGAGAUUGAGAUGCGCGCCGCAGCCCGCGUUAUCACCGGGUGCCCCGUGAGCACGCCGAGGGACCCGCUCCUCGCGGAAGCCGGUCUGGUUCCCGUGAGAGCACGCCGGGACCUGCUCGCUGCCAGACUGAGCUGUCUGGCAGCCUCACAAAGAAGCGGCGACCCACUGCGCGCGGUGGCCGAAGCAACGGCCCCACGGCGGCUCCGCACCACCACCGGCUGGCGCGACACGGGAGCGCGCGCCCUGGUGAGCGCGGGCGUGCGAGAUGUACCUGUGGAGGAGCGCCUGCACGUCACCAUCCCGCCGUGGAUCGAUGACACCAGGGUCCAGUUCAGACUUGACAUCGGCAACCACAUCAGCCGCACAGCACCACCCGACGUCCGGCGGGAGAGAGCGGAGGAGCAUCUGGCCACCCUCCCAGACGACGCCGUAUGGGUGUGGAGCGACGGCUCGGCGGAGGGAGGUGUCUCAGCCGGAGGGAGUGGAGCGCUGAUAAUCCUCCCCUCAGGCGAGGAACACGAGCUCCGAGCCCCUGCGGGCAGGAUAUGCAGCAGCACCCGCGCCGAAUUGGUGGCGAUCCGCGGGGCACUGGAGAUGCUGCUGCGGCUGGAGGGCGGCCUGGCGGAGAGCCUGGUCAUCGUCUGCGCCGACUCGCAGGCGGCGCUCGCCACACUGGCGAGUGGGGCUGGGAGCCAGGCGACAGCACUCGGCGCCGCCGUAUGGCGACUGCUCCUGGUGUUGCCGGCGGCUCGCAUUCUCCCCACCCGAAAAUCGUAG